CACAGCUCGGAGAGGCAUGUGCAGCCUGAGCAGAUCAUCGAUCCUGGUAGCUUGAGCAGCAGAGAAAGCUGAGCUGGGGGCGCAGCUUAGCUUACCAGAUGCCUAAUCUUAGCAGGAUCUGAGACACUGAUACAGUGAUAGGACAAUCGGAUUUGGUUAAGGAAUGGGGAGCUCUCUAAGCUAGCUGCUCCAGCUAGCGUGUCUCCGAUUUGACAAGGCGUGUAUAGCUGAGAACAUGUAAACAGGGCGAAGUUGUAGAGCUGCUCCUUUUUGUCGUUUCGGAGGACUCGCCAGUUGCAUUUUGCUUUCACAUCUCUCUUAUGGGACAGAAACUUCCAAUGCUUCUGCUUGCCGAGCUAUAAUAUCAGGAUAUGAUAGCAAGAGCAAUCGGUCAACCUGACUGCCUGAGACGAAUCCCCAAAGGCAAGAGACAAGAUGCGUGCUCGGCGGAGCAGUGAGCCCACUGGCCUGCGGUUGACCACUGCUUUGGUGAUGCUCAUGGUUACAUGCUUGGCAUGCUUCUAUGUGGCAGGAAGGUUGUUCCAAGAUGCGCGUCUCAGAGAACAGCUCAUGCAGUUGCAAGCGCAAAAGUCCGAGACAAGCAACGCUACACCUCGGCAGGGGACCGAGCAACUCUUGGAGUACAGGGAACAGAAGAAGCGUAUUGCUGAGUUGGAAAUGGAGUUGGCGGCAGCCCGAGCUACGGGCUUCCACCCUGACUUCCGACUUGCAAACGCCAGCGAGACUGGGGGCCGGAGAGCCCUUGUAGUAGUGGGGAUAAACACAGGAUUCGGGCAAAGAUCACGGCGGGACAGCAUACGGAACGUCUGGAUGCCCACAGGGAAGGCACUGACGCGCUUGGAGGAGAAGGGAAUCAUCGUCCGGUUUGUCAUUGGCCAUAGCGCCAACCAGGGUGACAGCUUGGACCGGCAAGUCGAAGAGGAGAACCGGGAGACGCAGGACUUCAUGAUACUGGACCACGUGGAGGGCUACGACGAGCUGCCAAUAAAAACGCAGAUCUACUUCCGGACCGCCAUCCAGACGUGGGACGCCAACUUCUACUUCAAAGUGGACGAUGACGUCUUCAUCAGCUUGGACGAGCUGGGGUCGAUGCUGGCGACGCACGCGGCGAAGCCCAACGUGUACGUGGGGUGCAUGAAAAGCGGGGAGAUCUUUACGGAGCCGUCGCAAAAGUGGCACGAGCCCGAGUGGUGGAAAUUCGGGGACUCCAAGACCUACUUCCGGCAUGCGACGGGGCAGGUCUAUGGGAUCACCAAGAACGUCGCGUACUACAUCUCUAUAAACAGGCCAAUGCUCCACAAGUACCGGAACGAGGACGUUUCUUUGGGGUCCUGGAUGAUCGGUCUAGAUGUCGAGUACAUAGAUGAUCGACGGCUGUGCUGCGGCAGUCCCCCGUCGACUGAGUGUCAGACUUACAAAGCUGCAGAUAAGCCGUGUAUAGCCUCCUUUGAUUGGGCGUGCAGUGGGCUGUGCGAACCUGUUCAAAGAAUGAGGCUUGUAGCAGAUGUGUGCGCAAAUAAACAGUCUUGGGAAUAAGUAAUACCACUAACCACUUAAUCACUCCCCCCAUUUAUAUUAAUCACAGCCGCGUGAGUUCGUUCCGAC